AUUCCCGGUAAGUAUAACCAGCAACAUAAAUUUGAAUAGAGCGAAAAACCCUAAUUUCGGAUUCGAAUGUGAAAGAAAGGAAGGAUCACUGUCAUCUUCAACCACUCCAAAAUGCAGUCACCGUCAACUGCUUCAGAUUUUGUAGACACAUUGCUCAAAAGAGAGAAUAGUAGAAGAUCCAAGAAGGCUAGAAGGCUCCACAAUUGGAGAACUUCAUCAUGGGCUGAUCUUCCGCCAUAACUUCUUGAGAUUAUUUCUAAUGAUCUGAAUAUAGUAGACUUUCAAAGCCUUGGUCGAGUUUGCAGAAGCUGGAGAUUAUUUUAUUUCGAAUUUAAGUAGAGGUUUUUGACAUCUCAAUCACCUCUUGUCUUUUAUACAUCAGCAGGAGCUAAGAAGUAUUGUUAUUUUUUUUGACAUGGCUAAUCGGACGAAAUACAAGACUAAGCCGCCUCAAUAUAUUUGCAACUUCAAAUUCUGUCUUGGUGUUUCAAGUGGGUACUUAAUCAUGCUCUGUCUUGAGAAAAAAGAUGUUUCGAGUAGUUAUUUAUGGCUUAUAAAUCCUGUUACAGGACAUCAAAUCCAAUUCCCUUGCAUGCCCCGGCCUCCUCGUAUUAAGGAUUGUCAUGACCCUGGCAUCUUCCGCAGCCUCUUUGCUUCCUUUGGAUCUCAAGGUUUUCUUAUUAUGAUUCUUUGUAAGUAUGGCACAAGCUUGCAGUUCUGUAUUUCUAGAGAUAAAGAGUGGAAAGAAUACCACUAUGGUUUCAAGAGUUGGCGUAUGUUGGAUAUAGUUGAUUUUUAUGGCAAGAUAUUUGUUCUAACUGAUUAUUCUCGGAUUGGAAUAUUCAACUUUAGAUCUUGUGAUUUGAACUUUAUGGAACUGCAAGUUGCACCUCGUUUAGACAUUUGUUGGGGUAAUUCAAUUAGGUUGGUGGCUUCAAAUGAUCAACUUUUUGUAGUUGAUGAUAUGAUAAUUUAUAGAAUAGACUUAUCAAGGAUGGAAUGGGUGAAGGUGAAUAAUUUAGGAGAGCAAGCAUUGUUUCUUGGCCAUGGUGACAUGAUGUGCUCCAAAUUAAUUAACCCAACAAAGUGGGGAGGACAAGCCAAUUGCAGAUAUGGUCUCUUUUUCUCUUCCAAAAGAUGUGAUUUAAACUCAUUUAAUCGUGAGGAGCCAUGAAGUGCUAUUACUAUUGAUGUGUGACGGGACAGGGAUUAUAGUUGGUAUGCUUCUACCAAAAUAUAUUCUUGGUAUUUUCUACACCAAUCAAACGAUAAUGAUAAUGUCAGGGAUGAUUAGUGGGGUGGUAUGUGGAAGAAUUUUAACUCAGACAAGGUUAAGUGUGGGAACUUCUUUUUGAGUUAUAUGUUGUUUCUUCUUACUUUUAUAUGAAUGAUUGUAUGCUCAGAGACAGUAACCACGUAAUACUGUUGACAAUUUGCUGACUCUGGUAUAUUUCUAUUAUCAGGUUUUUGUUGUUUCUUUGAAUCUAGAAAUCACAAUAUAAUUUAGAGUAUAGCUCUACUAUUUUGCUUUGUAUUCAAUCCUUAAACCUCAGGGCAGUACACUUAUCAGCAAUAUUCUUAAUUUUUGCUGAGUUUAGUUCCC